UUUUCAUUUCGUACAAUUUCAACCACUAACACGAUCCGCACAUAGAUAACGUAAUCAAAUGAAUUACACAUGCUUUUCAAUUUAGUUUUGAGGAAAAAAAUCUAAAAUGAAAAUCUUAACUAAUCUGGCCUUUUCCGUGUUGCGACAAAAAUGUUGGACAACAUCGACAAUAUUCAAUACUAGUCGCUUGAUGUGUUCGAAAUCAUCCGAACCAAAAUCUUGUCACGAUGAAGAUCUACCGGAUCCAAAUAUGACCAAUCCAUAUCUGAAGGAAAAACCACAGUGCAUUUUAUGUCGUUAUGGAAUUGAAAUUGAUUACAAGAACGUUCGUUUGUUAAGUCAAUUUGUGUCACCAUAUACAGGACGUAUGUAUGACAAACAUAUUACCGGACUUUGUGAACGUCAACAUCGGGCUGUACGAAAGGAACAUUCACGCGCUGUUCGAUUUGGACUUAUGUCCAUGUUUUAUCGCGAUCCAAAAUAUAACAAUGACCCUAAAUUGUUCGAUCCAACUAGGCCUCAACGUGCCAAUCCUUACUAAAUGCAAAGAACAUUGUAGAUUUCAUUUUUUGUAUUAUUUGAAAUUUUAUUAACCCAUACAAAAAAAAAGUAAAAACUAUAAAACUAAUUGCUUGCCA